UGCUCUGAUAUCAUUGUCAACUUGCAAGUGAUUGCGUGCAGAGCAAGCUUUUGAAUUUCCUUCGCGGACUCAACAUAUCAACAUAACCAAAAAAAUGAAGACCAUCUUUGCCGUUGCUGUUCUGGCCACCGUUCUGGUUGCAGCCAACUGUGCUCCAUACCAAAUUGCCUAUCUAGUCCCAGUGGAAGUUCCAUUGAACCGAGUUGCGCGUGCAGCACAGUUCGGAUUGAGUGGCAGUGCAGCAAACGCUGGCGCCCAGAGCUUCAACAGUGGAUUCGGAGGUUUCGGUGGAUUGUCCGGAAGUUCCGCUAAUGCUGCUUCGCAAUCCUUCACCCAGGGUGGCGGUUUUGGAUUCCCAGGAUUCAGCGGCAGUGCUGCCAACGCUGGUGCCCAGAGCUUCUCCGGUGGUGCCGGUGGAUUCCCAGGUUUCGGUGGUUUCAGCGGAUCGGCUGCCAACGCCGGUGCUCAGUCCUUCAGUGGAUAAGCCAAGACUAAGACGAAGACUGAAAAAUUCUCAGCCAAAUGUGACCAGUGCACGUGUUUAAUUGGCGUAUGCAUUACGGAAUUUGUUUUGGAACGCGUUUGAGAUCGAAUAUUGUUAGUACUUGGUUUAACACAAGCCAGUUUUAUUUCACGAAUCAACUACACACACGUAAAUUAUAAAAAAAGCAUCAUGACAUCGAUAAUAGACUAUGCAAACAAAAAAAAAAAUGAAAUAAAAUAAAAAGUGAUCGUAUAUGUGAUAAAAUGUGUUCACAUGAAACAUUCAA